CAGAUCAAUUAGUUCCCUCCAUAUACUUUGGACAUUAAACUCUUUUUGUUGCACCUUUCGGUUGGAGGCAAAGCACCGUCAAUCAAGCACUACAGUCAUCCAUUGGAAUGUCUUCAAGAACCGACCGAGCAGAUGAACCUGGCGUCAAAGCCGGCGACGAGACAACACCUCUACUUGCUUCCGUCGAGGCCGGUCCCACCCCAGAACUGGUUGAUCCACCGAGCCUAGUUACCAGCACAGAUGGAGCCCAUGCGGAUGACGAGAAUGCACCACUACCACGAACUCAGAUCUUUCUGCUCUGCUACACUCGUGUCAUCGAACCAGUAGCUUUCUUCUCUAUUUUCCCCUACAUCAACUCCAUGAUCGAACAUGUGGGCGGAAUUGAGAAAGAGGAUGUUGGCUUCUACUCCGGACUCAUCGAAUCCCUCUUUUCAUUCACACAGAUGUGUGUCAUGAUCUUCUGGGGAAAAGCAUCGGACCGCUAUGGUCGCAAGCCGGUGCUGGUGUUCAGUUUACUGGGCAUUGCAGUCGCGACGACGCUGUUUGGCAUGAGUCAGAGCAUCACGCAGAUGAUUGUUGCGAGAUGUUUUGCAGGUGUUUUCGCUGGCACGGUGGUCACGCUCAGGACUAUGUUCAGUGAGAAUAGUACGAGGCAUACACAGGCUAGGGCAUUUAGCUAUUUUGCAUUUGCAGGGAACUUGGGUAUCUUCGUUGGACCGCUAUUGGGAGGUGUGUUGGAGAGACCAGCUGAGAAGUACCCCCGUGUCUUUGGGUACCAGUUCUUUCGGGUCUAUCCGUACAUACUGCCUGGACUAGUCAUCUCUGCUGUGACUCUCUCUGCAACCUUAACGACGGUGUUGUUCGUUAAAGAGACCCUCCACAUCCACAAAGAUAAGAAGAAAUCCACCGAAGCCCCAAUGACGAUGUGGCAGCUCAUCAAAGCCCCUGGCGUCGCCGUAGUCAUCCUCAUCUUCGAAUACAUCGCGCUCCUAGCCUUCACAUUUACAGCGGUUAACCCCGUUUUCCUCUACACGCCCAUCUCGCUCGGCGGCCUCGGCUUUCCUCCCGAGCUCAUUGCCGCAGUCAUCGGAUUUUCAGGCCUCUCGCAGGCAGCAUGGCUUCUCUUGGUCUUCCCGGCUCUGCACAAACGCAUUGGCACUGGCCAGAUCCUACGCCUCGCUGUAUGGGCGUGGCCUAUCUUCUUCGCCAUUAACCCUUGGUUCAACUUCCUCCUUCGCCAUGAUCAGAAGAUUGCGUUCUGGACUACCGCUCCUCCUACACUGGCACUCGGAAGUGGUAUAGCCAUGGCGUUCACAGCGGUUCAGCUCGCUGUCAACGACAUUGCACCCAGCCAUGAGACGUUCGGUACGUUGAACGCGAUCACCCUUGCGCUAUCGAGUGGAGUGAGGGCUGUGGCGCCGGCGCUGGCUACGAGUGUGUACGCUAUUGGCGUCAAGUACCACAUUCUCGGAGGUCAGUUGUUCUGGUUGUUCAAUGUGAUACUGGCGCUUGGGUUGAUAGGGUUGUUGAGAUUGCUGCCGGAGAAGGCGGAGGGAAGACCUCAGCAGGCGGCAAGUCAGGCUGCGUAGACUGGAUUGCGACUAGAUAAGAAUAAGUUGGAUAAGCUCUAUCAAUCAAAGUGGCUCAUUGUGCCUGUGCUUUGCUCUCUCUCAGCGUCAUACUGGAGUGGUAUGCUAGAUGUAGAAUGCCAAUGAGCUCAUAAUUUCUGAA